AUGGAGUCCAACAUAAGGAUCAACAAUCCCGCGGACAUCUCUGUUAUUGUCAUCUAUUUUUUGGUAGUCCUGGCAGUGGGACUAUGGGCUAUGUACUCCACCAACCGAGGGACAGUAGGUGGGUUCUUCCUGGCUGGACGAAGCAUGGUUUGGUGGCCGAUUGGUGCUUCUCUGUUUGCCAGUAACAUCGGCAGUGGACAUUUUGUGGGAAUAGCAGGAACAGCAGCAGCUGGAGGAAUUGCCAUCGGAGGAUAUGAAUGGAAUGCUCUGAUAUUUGUGGUGGUCCUAGGAUGGCUGUUUGUACCCAUCUACAUCAAAGCAGGGGUGGUGACAAUGCCCGAGUAUCUGAAGAAGCGUUUUGGGGGGAAGCGGAUUCAGGUCUACCUGUCAGUCCUUUCUCUGAUCCUGUACAUUUUCACCAAGAUCUCAGCAGACAUAUUCUCCGGAGCUGUGUUCAUCCAGCUGGCCAUAGGGCUGAAUCUGUAUUUGGCCAUAAUUAUCCUGCUUGCUAUUACGGCUCUUUACACCAUCACAGGUGGCCUCGCAGCUGUCAUUUACACAGACACCUUGCAAACGUUUAUCAUGGUAGUGGGAUCCUUUAUUCUCAUGGGAUUUGCAUUUGCUGAAGUAGGAGGGUAUGAUGUCUUCAUGAAGAAGUACAUGGAAGCAAUUCCAUCCAAUAUUUCCUAUGGGAACACUACGAUUAAGGCAGAAUGCUACACUCCUCGGCAGGAUUCCUUUCACAUCUUCCGAGAUGCUGUCACGGGAGAUCUGCCCUGGCCAGGGCUCGUCUUCGGCUUGAGCAUCAUUGCUAUGUGGUACUGGUGCACGGAUCAGGUUAUUGUCCAAAGAUGUCUCUCUGGCAAGAACAUGUCCCAUGUGAAGGCUGGGUGUAUCAUGUGUGGAUACCUGAAACUCUUGCCCAUGUUUAUUAUAGUGAUGCCUGGAAUGAUCAGCCGAAUUUUGUAUACAGAUGUGGUGGCCUGUGUUGUGCCCGAAGUCUGCCAGCAGUACUGCGGCACCGCGGUCGGCUGUACAAACAUUGCCUACCCAAAAAUGGUAGUGGAGCUUAUGCCCAAUGGUCUGCGGGGGCUGAUGUUGUCAGUCAUGUUGGCCUCCCUUAUGAGCUCCCUGACUUCCAUCUUUAACAGCGCUAGCACUUUGUUCACCAUGGACAUCUACACCAAGAUUCGGUCGCGACCCUCUGAGAAGGAGCUCAUGCUGGCUGGCAGGGCAUUUAUGUUAGUUUUAAUCGGCAUCAGCAUUGCCUGGGUUCCUGUGGUGCAGUCGGCUCAAAGCGGGCAGCUCUUCGAUUACAUUCAGUCAGUCACCAGCUACUUGGGGCCUCCCAUUGCGGCCGUCUUCCUGCUUGCCAUCUUCUGCAAGCGGGUCAACGAGCAGGGUGCGUUCUGGGGCCUGAUGGUUGGGCUGCUGGCUGGACUCGGUAGAAUGAUCGCAGAGUUUGCCUACGGAACUGGCAGCUGUGUGACCCCUUCCAACUGCCCAUUCAUCAUCUGCGGGAUUCACUACCUUUACUUCGCAAUGAUUCUCUUCGGGGUUUCCUCCAUCGUCAUCCUGGCCAUCUCCUUCAUGACUAAGCCCAUUCCUGAUGUACAUCUUUACCGCUUGUGCUGGUCUUUGCGGAACAGCAAAGAAGAACGCAUUGAUCUCGAUGCAGAUGAGGAGCAGGACAAAGCUGAUGAAAAAGAUGAGGAAUCAGUUAACGAGGACAGUGAAGAACCCGGAUGCUUUAAGAAGGCGUACAACUGGUUCUGUGGCUUAGACCAACAGAAAGGUCCCAAACUGAGCAAGGAGGAGGAGGAAGCAUUGAAGAAGAAACUGACUGACACGAGCGAAGUGCCGCUGUGGAGAAAUGUUGUGAACAUCAAUGGCAUCAUCCUAUUGACUGUGGCUGUGUUUUGCCAUGCCUUCUUUGCAUAA